AUGAAGAUCCUCGAAGCACAAAACGCCCUCCUCAGCAACUACGAGGUAUACCAGUUCCUCGCCGAGCGCCAAGAGCGUCUGGGCAAGCAGAAGCAGAACCGGCGCCGCGGGCCCGGCAAUCUCGAGACAUUGAUUCAUGAGUACUUCCGAUCGCCGCCGGGUCCGCUGAGCCAGCAGCCAGUGACGUACAGCCCCGAGGCCGUGACGAAGGUCGUGGAGCGACUGCACAGCUACGACCUGGCCAAGGGCGAGCUGUUGAUGGUCCUCAACAUGCGGCCGCAGACGCCGGCACAGCUUCAUGCGUGCAUCGAGGAGGUCGAGGGCCGGUUGACGGAAGAGCAGCAGUCGGAGAUUCUCGACAUCGUGGCUCAGGUGCUGGGGCAGUUCCCGGUGGCCGAGGGCGAGCCGGACGAAGAGAUGGAGGAUGCUCACCCGUCGGCAAAUGUCGUCGACGACCUGCGGCAUCAGCUCGCCCGAAACGGCCGAACACUCGAGAUACAUGUCGGCGCGCAGCUGCUGGCUCAGAUUGUACGCCUCGUGCGGGUACAGGGUACCGCUGGGGUCGUCCUCGCGGCGCAGAUCGCGCUUGAGGCCGAGCACGAGGAUGGGCAGACGGUCGCGGUGGGGGAAGACGGUCCGGACCUCGCCGAUCCAGUGCGUCUGCAGGCUGGUCAGGCUGGGCCGGUGGCUGAUGUCGAAGCAGAGGACGACGAGGUCGGGCUGCAGACAGCGCCAGUUCUCGGGGCUUUCGGUGUCGGAGAAUUCGAGGCGGAAGGCGGCGGUGCGCGAGCGGAGCUCGAGGACAAACGGCUGGUCGGAAUCGCGCAGGAGCGGCGGUGCUGCUGUCUGUGCGGACGUAGCCAGGCCAGCUUUGUUCCGAAGCAACGCGAGACGCCUGUUGGCACUGUUAGCGCAGCACAGCAACACACCCGUACCCCCGGCUGGCUAGACACUCACGAUAAAAAGGUCGACUUGCCGACGUUGUCGUCGCCGAGCAACAAAAUCGAGACCGGCUGA